CAACCUUUCUUUGAACACCACACAGAACUUCGUUCAUCACAAGAGACUUUUUGCGGUCCAUACAAGGCAAACAUCAAACAAUUGUACGCAGACCCAGACACGAUGCAACAUAAAGAGAUCAACCGACCCCAAACACAAUCAAGAAGAAUGCAAGCUAAGAGGAACGCGGAGUUGUCUCAAAGAACGCGGUUGGCUAGUGAAUGAAUCGGCGGUCUGAAAAGCUGUCAAUGGGUUACUAUCUAUCUCCAGAUAUCAUUGCGCGAGAUGUAAGCUGCAAUGGAAAGCUGAUUAUAUCAAAGAGCACUCCAUCAAAUUAGGCCUCUAUCUCUGACGGCUUCAAGAUAGCUAGAGGAAGCUCCUUAGCCAUCCUUGUAUUCUUUGCUCCGAUGAAUGGCCAAAGGAUAUCCUUGUUGAGUGUAGGCUAUAAGUGCCACCUGUAAUCUCCCACGUCUUGGGUAUCUCAUCUACUUUGUCCAAUCAUCAUAAUCAUGACUGACCAAGUAAUAACCAUGCCCAAGCCCGUCAGCGACAACCUGCGCAGGAUCAAGGACAACGUCAAACAGAUCACCGACCAGUACACCCAAAGCGAAGAGUUGGUCGAGAACCACAUGGCCAAAAUCUUCGACAAAUUCCAAACAACCAGCCAACAACCAUCUUUAGAGAAACUUCUCCAGAGACAGGAGGUGCUCGAAAAGACUAAACAGUUUGCACUAUCGUUUAUCGAAAUCUGCAUCAGAGAUCUGCAGCAGAGAGCAGUGUCACCAGCUGUUUUCUCGGCAAGAGUGCAGUUGUCGAAUAUCCAUGAGUUCACUAAAGAUACGUCACUGGGAGCGAUCUUUGAGAGUCUGCCUAGUGAUGAGGACUCAGUUGCCAUUCUCGAUUUGCUGGAAAUCGCCGUGAGAAGUGCUGUGACGGCUGGCUAUCCUGGAGUGCUGCAAGUCCUGAGCGAGACGCAACUUGCUGUGACCGAUUCGGCUACUAGUCCUGAUAGAAGAAUUCCCGAUGGCUCUCUGAGAAAAACUCCGCGUCGAGCCUCUACUCGUGUUUCCGUUGCAGAGCCAUCAGAUCCAAGGGGUGUUCGAGCUCCUGCCAGAAAGCAAAAUCAAAUCUCCAAUGUCAACAACGAAGAUGAGACCGGCGUCGUUGAGAACCACGAUGAUGCCGAGAAUGAAGUCCAAGAUGAAGACGCAACCAUGACUACCUCAGCAGACGAGGAUGAAGAACCGACUCAACCCUCCACCCAUCCAACCACGUCAAUGAUCCAAGAUUGGCGCUCAUAUUCUGAUGAUGCACUGUAUACACUACACCACCAGGCACAUGGAUGGAUUGAAAAGAACAAGGCAGACAAGAUCGGAGUUCAGUCGGAAUGCAAUAAUCUUAUCAUUGACCAUCAGAUUCAGCAGGCUAAGUUUGCUGAUGAGAUGGGCAAGAUCUUGCGUUGA